AUGAAGCUAGGAGUGGGUCUUCCUCUGCUAGCAAGUCUGCUGUCCAACAGCAUUCCAGUCCGAGCCACCUCCAACUCCUCAAUCGCUCAAUGGCUUUACACCAGCGACAUUGACGAUGAGGCUCUCACUCUCCUGGAGCGUCCCGAGAUUCAAGGAGUCCAAAGCCUUUAUACCUGGAAAUCCCUUGAGCCUCAGCGAGACCAAUACGACUUCUCCGCUAUCGCCAACGACCUCACUCGCACCCAAUCCCGAGGCAAGCAUCUUUGGGUCCAAAUUCAAGACCGCACCUUUAGCAAUGCCAAUAAUCCAGUACCCAAGUAUCUGCACAGGCCAAUCUACAACAACGGCAGCGUGCCCCAGUGCGACGGAGAUGACUGCGAUAACAACUUCGUCCCGGGUGGCUGGGCAACCGCCCAAUGGAAUCCUUACGUGCGCGAGCGAUUCCAGCGCCUCCUAAAGGCCAUGGCUCAUGCUUUCGACGACAAGGUCUACGGCUUCAACCUCCCCGAAACCGCAAUCGAAGUCCAAUCCAACAACGCAUCUGGCUACACAUGCCAGAAAUACUUCGAGGGAACCCUCGACAACGCACGCUAUGCUGCCAGCGUUUUCAACCAUUCCUACGUCGUGCAGUACGUGAACUUCUGGCCGUGCGGCUGGGCCAACGAGAACAACUACCUGUCGGAUUCGUUCGCGUUCUUUGCAGCGAAUGGUGUCGGCGUUGGUGGGCCUGAUGAUAUUCCCUACAAGCAGACGAUGGAGAAUAAUGCCUAUCCAUAUAUGUCUCAGUAUCGGGAUCAGGUGCCGAUAAAUGUUGUUGCGGUGCAGGAGCCUGAUCUGGCGGCUAUCAAUCCGAAAACGGGAGAGCAGUUUACUAGGGAUGAGUUUUUGGACUUUGCGGAGAAGCAGUUGGGUUCGAGGAUCUUGUUUUGGGCUUUGUCAGCGCCUUGGUUGCAUUAG